AUGUAUUUCCUGAAAUUCAAUCAAGAGACUAAUCUUGAGAAAAUUUUAGAGUUGAGACAUACACACGUGGGGAAAGAAUGCAUGAAGCUCGAAAAAUGGAAGGAGACUACGAGCUAUGAUAGUAUUCCAAAAGAAAUAGUGCAAAUCUGGUUCAAGUUGCGAAAUAUCCCUCCCCACAUGUACAACGCGGAAGCCUUAAGUCAUUUCGCUAGCCUUUUAGGAAACCCGCUAUACAUGGACAAAAUCACUAAGGAAAACGAAAAUCUCACAUAUGCUAGGAUGAGCGUUGAAGUUCAACCUAUAAGCGUUCUCCCCAACGAAAUUACAGUGGUGGAUCGAAAGGGAAAUGCUACCAAGAUGGGCACACACUAUGAAUGGCGACCGUACAGAUGCGUGAACUGCAAUACAUUUAAACAUUCUAUAAUGAGAUACCCUAAAUUAAUGGCCAACCAGAAAGCAAACCAGGAACAACAAAUGCAGAAUGGAGAAGUCAAGCAACAAAAAGUUCCUAGUACAAAUGAAACAGUUGUGGAAAAACAAGCAGCAAAAGAAAGCAAUGCCAAAGGGAAAGAUGUUCAGAAUUCGGGUGAAGGAACAAAAGAAAAUCAAACUCAAGAAGAGGGAAGUAAGAAAGGAAAUGAAAUUGAUGAAACAGAGAAUUCUGAAAAAUAUAAACCUAAAUGUAAGGAAGAGAAAGAUACAGAAAAUGAAAACAAAUAUACAAUAGAGGAGAAGCAAACUAAGGUUGUUGAUCCUCAAACACGAAAAACUGAAGCAGAGAAAAGUAGUGACAAAAACCUUGAAAUCCUGAAAAAGAAUACAUUUUACUAUGUUAGUACGAGUUCAUAUAGAGGAAGAUUAAACAAUAAGAGCAGACAUACAUCAUCAUCUGCUUCAAUUCAAUCUCCCUUUAUGAAGAACGCGAGAAGAUUGGGAUGUACAAGAAGGCAAUAUGGUCAAAAGGCGGAUAUUGAGACAACAUAG